UACAACCAGACGCGUUCAUACGAGCUUUACAGUUCUUCUCGUAUUCUUCUCAUAUAUUCUCCAGCAGCGAGCACGUUCUUCAUCACGUUAUUGCCGCGUGUGUUGUUGUCGUCCUCGUACAACAUUGUAACAUUCGGACCACGGGAACGGAGUUGCACGAUAAUUUAACAUUGCAAUAAAAAACAGGUGUUGAGAACCUCAAGAACCUCAUUGCCGUCCAUGGACCACCUGUAAUUCCAGGUCGGUAUUCCCAGGGAUUGACCUUGGACCACAGCCAUGCCUUUGAACUGAAACAUGAAUUCAGUGUGUUCUCCCAAAGGUAUUCAUCUUAAUUUCAGGAUACACUAAUUUUCUCCAUAAUCUAGUUCCUUGACCUCAGAUUAUUGGUCAUCAUUGGACACUUACUCUUUGUGUCCUUCACUGUUGGACAUUAACAAACAGAUUAGAAUGGCAAAGUGGUUAAAGGACUAUUUAAGUUUUGGGAGCAAACGUGUUCCCCCGCAACCGCCGAAACCGGACUACACGGAGAGUGAGAUAUUGAAGGCGUAUCGUGCACAGAAGAACCUAGACUUUGAAGACCCUUAUGAAGACUUUGAGAACAGGGCUAGAAAUGACAAUGGGUCAACUGAAGUUCCCCACAUGGGCUUCGGAUCUCCUUUGAAAUCCUCAAGUCUGGAUAUCAAGGCCGUUUCGCCGAAACAUCGCCUCAUAAAGGUGGACUCGCAAGACCUGGGACGGAGCAAGAUUCUCCUGAGCUCUGUGUCUUUAGAGGAAGCAACAGAUCCGGUGGUUCCAUCAGCUCCAGUUAUGGGCGAUACCGACUACUCCGACCCAUUCGAUGUUCGCUUGGACCCGCGUCCCGAAACCGCCCAGGGCCCAAUCACUCCUGAGAACAACGGCUACAUGGAGCCCUACGAGGCUCAGAAAGUGAUAACCGAGCUGCAGAGGAGAGCCGGUGGUGGAGCAGGAGUUUGGGGGAGAGGGGAGGUCCAACUCUACGACACCCCGUACGAGGAGCGCGUCCCAGGGCAGCCGGAUCUGCCCGAGGAGGGCAGGGAGAGCAGGCUGCCGCAGGACGACGACAGGCCCGCCGAUGAAUACGACCAACCGUGGGAGUGGAAGAAGGAACAUAUCUCUAAAGCUUUUGCAGUGCAGUUUGAGGGUGCAGAAUGGGACCGUUCCUGUUCUCCUACAGAGCGCCUGAGGUGUUCCAGACCUCUGCAGACCACAGGUAGCAUGAAGCUACGCAAGCCCAGCGAUCCUCAUUCCACGAUCGGGGAGAGAGUGGAUCCCAACCUCCCCCUGGAGAAACAAGUAUGGUAUCACGGCUCUCUGUCGCGCUCCGAGGCCGAGUCUCUGCUGACCCUCUGUAAGGAGUGCAGUUAUUUGGUGCGAAACAGCGAGACCAGUCGCUUGGACUACUCCCUUUCUCUGAGGAGCUGCCAAGGUUUCAUGCACAUGAAGUUCAGCCAGUGCAAAGAUGGCCGCUAUAUCCUGGGCCAGAACAGCCCUCCGUUUGACACCAUCCCUGAAGUGAUCCACUAUUACACCACACAUAAACUCCCCAUCAAAGGAGCUGAACACUUGUCCCUGCUCUUCCCCGUGCUGGUUCAGACUCUCUGAUUGGUCAGAGCCCUGCAGCGCUAGGGGUGAAAACAGGCGGCAGAGGUAUAUGACUUUGGUAAUGAACAUUCAACAUAUUCAGGCUCCCUCAUAUCUUUGAUUGUACAAAAGCAUCUGAUUGAGGACACAAACCUUUACAUUAGAUACUUCAGAUCCAUUUACAGUUCAGUCCAUUUCACAUACUUGUUAAUAAUUAUUUUCAAUCUCACCAAAUGAACCUUCUGUGAACCAUACCGGACUGCUGGCAGCGUGACCUUUUGCUCGUCUUCAGUCGUCUGCCUGUGUUAUUCUCCACUGGGAUGGUGAAUUUGCCACUGCUAAUGUUUAUUGAUCGAUUAGUUGCCUCUUAGGAUGAGCGGACAAGGCUCCGCUCUUUUAUAGCUGCUGUAAAAGACAUUUCCAUGGCCGUUUAUGACUGUCGUCUCUUUAAAAUUUGUAAAGCCUUUUGGUUCUAGGAAGACCCAUGAGACCACACACACAUGUUGUUUGGUUGUAGUCCUCGGAAAACUUUCGUUGUCUUUGUUUGACCUCAGCUUUGUCGUGUGGCUGGUCGUAGAUCAGUGAAUGUUGGGAAAUGUUUGUGUUGAGGACAGUAGCUGAAACCCACUGAUCAAUUGAUUGAUGUGAUGUUUGAAUCAUGAUCACUCACAGAGAUGUUCCUGUAAUUGGUAUAUUAGGUCACUGAUAUAGAGAAAUGCUGAAAAUGGGUUUCUUUAACUCUUGUUUGUAAACUUAUUUCCAUGUGUUAUAUAAUAAACUUUCUAAAGAGAAUGCUAGUAGUUAACUGAUGCUUCAAACUG